CAAAAGCUUGGAGCAAACGUGGGUAGCAAGUAGCAAGCCAAUCUGCCAAACCUCACCUGCUUGUCUGUCCGUUCUCCUGAGGCGUCUAGACUCUCUCGUCACUUUUGUCUGAAUUAUUCCGCGGAAAAUUAACUGCAGUAAAGAAGGGGUUUGUGUUGUUGGACUUGGGUAUUCUUUCUUGCCGGUAUCCGCAGUGUCGCAUGCAGCUGGAUCUGUUCAUCAUCCAUUCUCAGCCUUACUCCUCAUUUCUCACCUGACGUCUUCCCGACUCCGCUUUCCACCACCAUCACGCUCACCCACCAACCAUCCAUCCAUCUGGGCACGCUGCCGGCACAUCACAACAUCCACUUUCAAUCACACUUCUCGGUCUUUCUCGACGCACUUCACAUCUUCUCGGCCAAAUGGAUUGUAUAGAGGCCAUGGGUGCGCGACGUGCCAUGUCGCUCAUGUUCACCGUUCCGGAGCGCUUCGUCGGCUUCGCACACAUGGACCAGAAGACUUUCUUCGAACUCUCGGACUGGAUCCUCGCAAACGUCGCAUCACAAAUUACGACCGACAUAAGUGUGGAAGAGUCGCUGUUCAUAUUCUUGGAUAUCGUGGCACAGGGGAACAGCUUCAGUACCGUGGCGUAUGGAUGGGAUCAUGACCUCGAGCUUACUCAAGGCAUAUUCCUCAAUGUCCUCAACGCCCUCACAGUCCUGCGCGAGAGUAGGGAGAUUGCCGACUCGUGCCCGCCCUUCACACAAACCCGUAAGCGAUGGGAAGUCGCUCGGAGAUGGAACCAGAAGCGGGCGCGUAUGGGCACCGGCGGUGUCGUCCGCAUCGGCUACGACGAAAUGUUGCGAGACGGCCUCGAGGUUGACCAAGAGUGUCUGAAAGAGGCGCUGAUGGCGAUGAACAACUUCAUCCACGAGAACGCCGACCACGAUGAAUCAUGAUUGCGCACAAAAUUGGUAGUUUCCUGCAUUUGUUCCGGUGUUGGUUUGGCGUUUGGGUAACGACUUGGUAACGCAUUGCAUCGGUUGGGAGGGUUGAGCUUGGUGUUGA